AUGGCGCAGAAGUUGAGUCUCACAUCUACUCAAAAGAUCCAUUCAGGAUAUGAAAUUCCGAUCCUGGGAUACGGAUUAUAUCAGGUGCCAGGUCCCAUUGCCGAAGAUGUCACCCAAAAGGCUCUGAAAGCUGGGUAUCGCCAUAUCGACUCGGCUGCAGUGUAUGAAAAUGAGAAGGAGUGUAUUUCAGCCGUUGAAAAAGCUGGAUUGAACCGAUCCGACAUCUUUCUUACAACAAAGGUUUUACCGCAGGCCACAGGCUAUGAAGCAGCGAGACGGUCAAUCGAGGACAGUUUGAAGAAAGCGAACACCGACUACUUUGACUUGAUUCUUCUCCAUGCGCCAUUUGGUGGCAAGGAGGGUCGCCUCGGUGCCUGGCGUGCUUUGGCAGAAUCUCAGAAAGCCGGUAAAGCCCGGUCCAUCGGCGUGUCCAACUUUGGCAUCCACCACCUCGAGGAGUUGGAAGAAUACAUUGAAAGUACUGGAGAUGGUAGAAUCGAAGUUUGCCAAUAUGAGCUCCAUCCUUGGCUUGGCCGUGCUGAUUUGGUAGAUUGGUUACGCAAACGUGGUGUGGUUAUUGAGGCAUACUCCCCUCUUGCCAGAGGAUCUCGAAUGGACGAGCCCGUUCUGCGCGCAAUCAGCAAGAAGUAUAAUAAGAAUCCCGCUCAAAUUUUGAUUCGCUGGAGCCUUCAAAAAGGUUUCGUACCUCUGCCCAAAUCUGCUACCCCUGAGCGUAUCCAAGAGAAUACCGACGUGUUUGAUUUUGAGCUAGACGAGGAUGACAUGAAAGCUCUGCACACCGAUGAAUAUGCACCUUCCACUUGGGAUCCUUCUGUACAGCAGGAUUAA